AUGAAAGUCUUGUUAACUCACACAACCAGAAGUCUACAUACUUCUCGGAUAUUGAGUUCCUCAACUGCUUCAAGUUUGAAACAGCGGUUAAAGGAGGUAAUUCCAGAUAAAAGAGAAAAGUUCACUAAAAUAAAGAAGAACUAUUCUGAUGUUAAGGUAGGUGAUAUUACGAUCGGUAGCGUUAUUGGUGGUAUGAGAGGAAAUCAGUCUAUGUUUUGGCAAGGCACCUCGUUGGACCCAGAAGAAGGAAUUAGGUUUCAAGGACUUUCGAUUCCUGAAUGUAUGGACCAAAUGGCUGGUAUCAGUGAAAUACAUGGCGGCUCUAAGAGCUUGUUACCGGAGUCAAUGCUUUGGUUACUAAUGACAGGAGAACUACCAACUAAGGAACAAACUAACUCACUAUCGAAAGAACUAGCUGAACGUGGCAAAAUUUUACCUCAAUCCGUGAACACAAUUGUAAGUAAUUUACCUAAAGAUAUGCAUCCGAUGACUCAAUUAGCUAUUGGCUUAGCGUCAUUGAAUCAAUAUUCGCAGUUUGCCAAAGAAUACGAAAAAGGUUCCAUUGGUAAGAACGAUUAUUGGGAUUUCAUAUAUGAGGAUGUUCUAAACUUAAUUGCUAGUCUACCACAUCUAACAGGCCAAAUUUACGCAAACAUCACAAAUGAAGGUAAGCCACUUGGGGAGUUUAACGAAAAUGCGGAUUGGGCCUACAAUAUUAGUUCUUUGCUUGGAAUGACCACGGAGGCUAGUUCUGCUAAUAAACAAAACCUCUCCGAAAAGCGUGCGCAAGAUUUUGCAGACCUUGUAAGACUGUAUACAGCAAUUCAUGUUGAUCAUGAAGGUGGAAACGUAUCUGCACAUGCCACCCACCUAGUAGGAAGUGCCCUUGGAGAUCCAUUUAUCAGUUAUGCAUCAGGUAUUAUGGGACUUGCAGGACCGUUGCAUGGUCUAGCGGCCCAGGAAGUAGUUCGGUUCUUAGUGGAGAUGAAUGCCUCAAUUUCUUCGCCAGAGAAUGUACCUGAAAUUGAAAAUUAUCUAUGGUCUAUUCUCAAUUCCCGUAGAGUUGUUCCUGGUUAUGGUCAUGCAGUUUUAAGAAAGCCUGACCCCAGAUUCAAUGCUAUGCUAAAUUUCGCAAAAGAAAGACCCGACGAGUUCCAAUCGGACAAGAAUGUACUACUUAUGGAAAACUUAUCCACUAUCGCUCCAAAGGUAUUACAAGAGCAUGGUAAAUGUAAGAAUCCAUUCCCCAAUGUGGACUCAGCGUCAGGUAUACUAUUCCAUCACUACGGAAUUCAAGAGACACUAUUUUUCACAGUAAUAUUUGGCUGUUCUAGGGCAAUUGGUUCUCUAACCCAAUUGGUAUGGGAUAGAAUACUUGGCCUACCUAUCGAAAGACCUCGCAGUCUAGAUAUGGCUGCACUAGAACGCUUGUGUAAUAAGUGA